UUCAGAAAAAUAAUUUCUCUCACAUUCUGAGCUGCUCUCAGUUUUCCAGCAAUAUUUAAUCUGAAUAAUCUGAAUAAUAUUCAGAUUAUUCCAGAACCAUGUGUGAAUUUUGAACUAAUAAAAUAAAGAUUGAUGAGAUUUUACAACUAAUACAGAUUUAUUAUGAGUUUACUCCAUUUAUUUAUUAGCUUCACUCCAGCUGACAGGAAGUCCGUCAAACAGAAACUCCCUUUAUUUACACAGGUAAGCAUGAACAGCUGUUUCUCUGCAGUAACUCGGUUCACUCCGUCACGCCCCCUAGUGGUCAGGUCACAUGAUAGUAGAAAUACCUUCUGUUGGAGGUUAAAGUCCAGCAUCGAGUUUCUUUCUCUGCUUUAGUUAAUAAUCAGUUUUUAUCACUGAUCUCCACAGCAGAAAGAGUUCAUUAUGAAUGACUCAGCAUAUUUCAAUAACAAGCUUUUUAUGAAUUUAAAUGAUUUAUUGUUUAUAUUUACUGUAGUUUUAAUGGCUCUGGAUGCAGUUCCACACAGUGACCAGCAGGGGGUGGGCGGUGUUCCGUCUGAGUCCAUAUGACUUAAAAACUGAACAAAGUUCAUUUAUUAUCGUCUCACCUACAGGAAGGUGAAGCAGGGAGCUCACCUGGAGCAGAAAUGGAGAAACAAGUCGCUCCUGUCGUCAUUGACAACGGCUCCGGUUUCAUCAAAGCUGGUUUUGCUGGACCCGAUGGUCCCUGCGCCGUUUUCCCAUCGGUGGUUGGUCGGCCCAGGCAGGACGCGGCUGGAGGACAGAAGGACAGAUUUAUCGGAGCCGAAGCUCUGAGUCGCAGAGACCUGCUGACCGUGAAGAAUCCCAUCGAACGCGGCGUCAUCGUGGACUGGGACGACAUGGAGACGAUCUGGCAUCACAUCUUCUCCAACCAGCUUCAUACUGACCCAGUGAAGCAUCCGGUCCUGCUGACCGAGGCGCCGCUCAGCCCCAAACCGAACAAGGAGAAGAUGACCCAGGUGAUGUUCGAGGCCUUCGGCCCUCCUGCCCUGUACCUGGCCAUGCAGCCGGUCCUGUCCAUGUACUCCUCUGGCCGGACCACAGGGAUGGUGAUGGAGUCCGGUGACGGCUGCAGUCAUGCCGUCCCGGUGUAUGAAGGCUACGCUCUGCCUCAGGCCGUCCUGCGCCUGAACCUGGGUGGAGCCGACCUGACCGACUACCUGCUGAAGCUCCUGGACAGCAGAGGACUCAGCUUCAGCGCCGCCGGUCAGCGUGAGAUCGUCACCGACAUGAAGGAGAAGCUCUGCUUCGUGGCUCAGUACUUCGACCAGCAGGUGAAGACGGCGGCUUCUUCCUCCACCCUGGACAAAACCUACAAGCUUCCAGAUGGACGAGAGAUUUCCAUCGGCGAAGAGCGGAUCCGAUGCCCAGAGGCGCUGUUCAAGCCCGAACUCAUCGAAAUGGAUUCCUCUGGCGUUCAUCAAACCAUCCACAGCAGCAUCAUGAAAUGUGAGCUGGAUGUUCGUAAAAACCUUUUCUCCACCAUCCUGCUGUCUGGAGGCUCCACCUUGUUCUCUGGAUUCUCUGAUCGCAUGAAGAAGGAAAUCUCUCGGCUCGCCCCGCCGGGCGUGAACGUCCAGAUCAUCGCUCCUGAUGGGAGGCAGUUCUCCGUCUGGAACGGCGGCUCUAUCCUGGCCUCGCUCCCCUCCUUCCAGGAGAUGUGGAUCAGCAAACAGGAAUACGAUGAAACCGGUCCGGGAAUCGUUCACCGUAAAUGUUUCUGACCUUCUCCU